AGGUAGAGAGGCCGGCCGCUGGAAGGCUGUGGCGACAGCGUGGGAGCUGUGGCGACAGCGGGUGUAUGCAUGAUGAUGAGAGUAUGCUGACAUGGCAUUUUGGCUGAGGUGGAACUGCAUUGCGUUGUGGGUGGUACCGAGGCUAUUGACCGGUCAUCGAAAUGCACAUCAGCACAAUUGCGAGGCUUGCAGAGCGUAUCACACUUUCGAGUCAUUCAGCAAAAAGGCCCUAGACUUAGAGGCUACGCUGGGUGGAGCUCAAACCCCUUCUACGGAUGGGAGAAAGAAGAAGACUCCACAAGAGUGGAAAAAGAAGGGUAGUCGGUUGAUGAUGGUUGAUUCCGAUGGGAAUCAAACAAAGAUCGAUGAUGUUUCUGGACUUGUGGAGGGUUCAAAGUUUGACGGCGAGGAGAGUGCUGAGGGUAGCAACCUCGCCGCUGUAGUCAAGACUAAGGCAGCUGGCCGCGGCAAGGGCGGUCAACAAAGGAGUCAAGGGCAGGCCGCUAACCCAAACAAAAUAGCUGCUUGGGUUAGAGCAGGUCUGGAUCAAGAAGUGUGGCAGUAUCGUUGGUCUCAUGGUGCUUGCAUUAACUGCGAUUACCUAGGUGCGUUGAUUUCUGAGUUUGGUUUGUCUGAGGACGUGACUCGAUCGUUGGAUGAAGCCUACAAGGAAGAUCCCAUCACAAUGGACAUCAUCAACAAACUACAGGCUAAAGACAAGGCCACCACUGAUGAGUUUGUGAUGGUGGAUGGGUUGCUCUUUCCUGAGAAGGCAGGGUUCAAGAGGUUAGUUGUUCCAUCUAGGGAAACUUUGCGUAGUUUGUUUUUAGGUGAGCGCCACGAUGCAACAGGACAUUUCGAUUAUAAGAAGACUAGUGCUAAUCUAGUACAGCGAUUCUGGUGGCCUAACAUGCUUGACGAUGUGAAGAAGUACGUGGAGACCUGUCAGGUCUGUCAGCGGGACAAGCUGCGAACUCAAGCUCCGCUUGGGUUACUCAAGCCUUUACCCAUUCCUGCUGGCCCAGGUCAGAGUAUCUCCAUGGACUUCAUGGAUACUCUUGUGACNCGAACUCAAGCUCCGCUUGGGUUACUCAAGCCUUUACCCAUUCCUGCUGGCCCAGGUCAGAGUAUCUCCAUGGACUUCAUGGAUACUCUUGUGACAAGCAAGAAUGGCAAGAGGCACAUUUUCGUCAUAGUGGACAGGUUCACUAAGUACGCUAGACUAAUCGCCAGCACGUCAUCAAGUUGUUCAUGGACAAUUGGCACCACCGGCGUCAGUCCUGAUCAACUACAUCUCGGGUGGAAGCCUAGAUCUUCUCUAGACUUCCUCCUGCCUGAAAACCGAACUGCUGCAGCUCCUGGAACCAUUGAAUUUGGUGUCCAGUAUGAGAAACUGUUGCAGCAGACUGUCGAACACACCAAGAAAUCUCAGGAAGCCAUGAUUGGUUCUGAGAACAAGCGUCGCCGACAGUCCACAUUUCAGGUAGGGGAACGUGUCUGGGUCAAGGCUAGUGAGUUGGGACAGGAGUUUGGCAUCUCUAGGAAACUAAUGCCUCAGUAUUUCGGUCCCUGGGAAGUCUUAGACAUUGUGGGGAACGAUUUGGAUGGUCCCUCGUACGUCAUUCGUAUCCCUGGUCACUUACGCACUUAUCCUGUUUUCCACGCCUCCAAGCUUGCACCUUUCGCUGAGACAGCACAGUUCCCAUCACGGAGAUCUAUGCUGUCCCCAACCAUGGAUGACCACGUGGACGUCGACGACAUUCUGGAUCACAGAGACACGCCUGUUCCCAAGCCACCUGGCAGGGGAAGACCUCCCAAACCUGCGAGGGAAUACAGAGUCGAUGACAAAGAGGAGGCCUUCAAGGUGGCAGAGAGGGAAGAAGGAGAAGAGGAAGAUGAAGAAGUAGAGGCGGCAGAUGGCAGAGGGGUUGAUGUGGUAGAAGACGUCGGUCGGGGGAGUGUUGUAAUGAUGGUUGUGGUGGUGAUGAAGAUGAUGGCGGCAGUGACGGCCGCAGCCGUGGUGAUGGUGGGGGCGGUGAGGGUCGUGGUGGAAGAGGAGGGGGUGGUGGUGGUGAUGAUGGUGGCGGUGGUGGCGACUGCGGCGGUGGAAGCGGUAUACUUUCCACUGCCGACGCCGUAUUGGUAAGAUGCUGGCCCUCCUCCCUUGCAGCCACAUUGGCCAAAUUUGCUGCG